UUUUAUAUCACUAGAUCAUAUGAUUUUAGUAUUUCUAGUAAUGAUAAUGAUAGCAAAGAGUCAUCCAGAUUAUUUAAAAAAUUGAAAAUGGAGAAUGACGACGUUCAAAAAGACUAUGAGAGAGAAAUAAUGCAGCAACGAUCAAAUAUUAGUAUUAAUGAUGAAGUACAAAAUAAUCCAAAUCUUCAUUCAGAACAAAAGGAUAAACAAGAAAUUCCUGAUGGUUUGUUUAUAAUUUAAAUGGAUUUUAAAUUAAUUUACUUGAAAACAAAUUCAUUUUUUAUACUACUUAUUAAAUUAUUUAAACACUAAGAUUAGAGUAUUAAAAAGAUUCUUAGUUUGUAAUUUAAAUAAUUCGAUUCUCUAUUUUUUUU